GUUCUAAUUUAAAAAUGGGUAUUUGGGACGAGGACGAUGGUGGCUUGGCCCAGGAGGACUUCUAUGCGCUGUUCAAUCUGCAGCGAGAUGCGACCGCAGAGGAGAUCAAGAGCGCCUACCGACGACUGUGUGUGAUCUACCACCCAGACAAGCACCAGAACGACAACGACCGAGAAGCCGCAGCACAGAUGUUCGCUCGCAUUACGAACGCCUACGAAGUGUUGACAGACACAAACCAGCGGGCUGUGUAUGACAUCUAUGGCCAAAAGGGCCUAGACGCGGGCAUGGAAGUGGUGCUACGACAGGCAUCGCCCAAUGAGAUCCGCGAAGAAUACGAACGUCUGAGAAAGAUCCGACAAGAAGAAGAACUGAGGAGGCGCACCAAUGAAAAGUCCGUGAUUACUGUGGCAGUAGAUGCCACCCCCCUCUUCGAUUCCAAGUACAGUAAAGAGAGUGACUCAUUGACGGACAAGCUUUCAGAUGUUGAGUUGGGAGCUAUCAGUAUGCAAGGGACUUUGCUCGCACCCGUUGGUAAUGACACGGCAAACUUGACAGUCAAUGUCUCGUCAUACAACGGCAAUGGCGCGGGCACCUUUGUGGGUGCCUAUAGACAUGAGGCAUCUCAUGGCUUUUGGUUGCAGGGUGAAACACAGGUGGCUCCUGGAUGGCAGAUGCUGACUGGCACUAUUGGGCGCCGAUAUAGUCAAGCCAUCUUCGCUACGCUCUCCGGAACUCUAGAUUGCAGGCCGAAGGGUAUGAUUCCAGGAUUGCGGGCCAUGGUGGGUAUGGAGAUUGAGCCAAACACAAUGGGGUAUCUGACGUAUAAGGCUGGAAAGUCCAGUGCUAUGAGUACCACCAUUAGCAAACACUACGAGAACGGCACGGUCACGUGCACUGGACAGUUGGGACAGCCCAUGUUCCUGUCGUGCAACGCCCUCUACCGCUACAGUGAUGACAUCAAAUAUCGUGUUUCAGGAUCGCUGGGCAACAAUGGGCUGCAGUUGAGCUACGGAUGCCACCGACAGGUCACACGCCUCAACAAACUCGGAGUUACCUUGGCCCUGAGUGCUCCUGGUGGAGUCACCCUAUCACUCAAAUUCAAACGGUCAAAAACCAACUACAUCGUACCGAUCCAAAUUGCCGAUGAAGCGGACGGGUCGAUGCUGUGGGGUGCGGCGGUGCCGUUUGUGGCGUUUUAUCUGCUGAACAAACUGCUUAUCGACCCAUACCACAAAAACCAAGCGAAACUGCGUAAAAUGGAGCUACAGGCGGAACAUGCACAGGUUAUUCGGGAGCGCAAGCGCGAAGCCGAAUCCGCUAUACGGAUAAUGAGAGAAAGUGUAGAGAAGAAAAUGGACAUCGAGGACAGGAAUAAGGGAUUCGUCGUGCUCAAAGCGUGGUACGGAGAUUUGAAGGCGCCUCUCGCACAACAGGUGGAUGCCGAAAGCCCUGUAGUUAUCGAUGUUACCAUUCCGCUGCAGGCGAUGGUCAAGGACUCACAGCUACACCUGCAACAACACUCAAAGUCCGGUCUGAUUGGAUUCUAUGACUGCUGUAUGGGAGAGGAUAAGCAGCUGCGCGUGCAAUACCGGUUCAAGGGCCAUCUGCACGAAGUCACCAUCAAUGACGACGAACCACUGAGCUGCCCUAAGCGAUCUCAUGCCGUCCGAGCACGAUGAUGUAGACCUAUUUAGAUUCAAGUUAGAUUUGGGGAAGUACCAGCCAAAUGACCAGCUGGUAGAUUGUUCGGUGGAGCGAAACACACGGAACGGCACAUGUAUCCUACGGAUAGGAUGGCCUUCUCGUGGUGGCAGCGUCCCUGCGUGCAGAAGCACAUAAAAAUGAGCUUAGAAUGUAGUGAAUGUAUAUAUAUAAAUAUAGUUUCCUGU